ACGAUUUACUUGGAUCGUUUGCAUAUUUUGCUACAUAAACCCUUCCUCGAACAAGUAGGGUUUUAACAGAAGCCAAGAAUCACAGAGGAAGCGAAGUGUAGUCAGAUAUCCAACGACAAUGGCUUUUCUGAGUAAAUUCGGAAACAUAUUGAAGCAAACCACGAGCAAGCAUCUCAAUGCUCAUGUUUCUUCAUCAAGCCCUUCGCUUUUUCAGGCGAUAAGGUGCAUGUCAUCUUCUAAGCUCUUUAUUGGAGGUAUGGAAUAUAACAUGAAUGAGGAUAGCUUAAGAGAAGCUUUCAACAAAUACGGUGAAGUCGUCGAAACUAGGGUUAUCUUGGAUCGUGAAACUGGUAGGUCGAGGGGAUUUGGGUUCGUUACAUUCACCUCUGCAGAGGCGGCCUCUAGUGCUAUCCAGGCUUUGGAUGGCCAGACUCUCCAUGGCCGGAUUGUUAAAGUGAGUUAUGCACAUGAUAGAACAAGUGGUGGUAAUUAUGGAGGCGGUGGCUAUGGAGGCGGUGGCUAUGGUGGUGGUGGCUACGGAGGCGGUGGUGGUGGAUAUGGAGGCGGUGGUGGUGGAUAUGGAGGCGGUGGUGGUGGAUAUGGAGGCGGUAAUGCUGGUGGAUAUGGAAGCGGUAAUGCCGGUGGCUAUGGAGGCGGUAAUGCUGGUGGCUAUGGAGGCGAUGCGACUGGUAGUCACGGAGGUGGUGGAUAUGGUGCAAGCGGUGGCUAUGGAUCUAGCGUCAGCGGUUAUGGUGACGGUUCAAGUGCAGGUGCAGGUGCUGUUGGUGCCUAUAAUGGAAGUAGUGGUUAUGGAAGUGGCAAUACUUACGGUAGCAACAAUGGUGGAUUCGCUGGAGACAACCAUUUUGAAGGAAACCCAGUUGGCAACAGCUCUCAGUUCGGUGGUGACAAUGCUCAGUCUGGUGUUGCUGGCCAAUAUGGCGGCGAGGCUCAGUUUGGAGGCAUGGAGAAAACUGAGAUAAAGAUGGAGAAUGGACCAGAAGGAGAUUACGAGUAUGACGCUGAUGUUGCCAAAAGAGCUUGAACCAACUAGCAAAAAAUGUUGUCAAGACUUUGUUGUCUUGUCAUAUUUAUCGGAUGACUAGUAGUAGUAGCUACUCUAUAGUUAUUCAUGAAGGAAACACUUUAUUUAGUAGAAUCAGUCUGCUUUUUCUAUCUUGAAAAUAAUUUGUUAGCUUGAGAUUGUUUCUUAAGGUAUACACUGAUUCUUCUUUAAAGCGCUGUGUUCCAGCUUUGAUUUUGGUCUGAUAUACGUAACUUUAAUUUUGU